AUAGUCAGUGGCGCUAACAAGACGGGGCAACUUCGCGAGCUUACCUACUUACUGUGAACAACCCCCACAAAUUUCACCCCGUGUCUAGUGACAGUGACAAUUACCCACACAUAUCAAUCGAGUGCAGUGAACAUGACUUUAUGACUGUUAAGUGUGCUCUACGUAAUUAUUGGAGAAAUUAGCGAAUCUGGCGGAUUUAAAAAGUGACACAGUUCGGAGGUGGGUAGAAUCCAACCCCUCGCCCACCCUCCAAAAUAAAAAUUUGGACACGCCGAAAUCGUUCAAGAACAACAACAACACCAUAGACUUUCCUCAUCAUUUUUGGAAUAAACCGAAAAGUGAUAAUAUGUCGAUGUUGUUGCAUCAACCCCCCAGUCAUAUGAUUCUAACUCCCCACGAAACGGAUCAACCGUUGGAUUUUACCAUGUCGAAAUUUAAAAGUAAAACGUCCGCGACCGUGGCAUCCCAAUUGAAACAUUUCAAUAAUUUCGCUGCCCAACAACACAUGAUAUUAUUACAAAACAAUGGACUUUAUUAUAAUAAUAGAACUAAUAAUAAUAAAGGUUUCACACGUGGAAGUACUCCGUCUUCGAGUAGUUCAGAAGAAGAAGGGGUCGGACCUCCAGGGGGAUCACCUAGAUCCCCACCUCCUAGUCCUGUACGCCCAAGAUCUGACGAAAUUCCAGAAACUCCUACUACACCUUCAGCCGAGACGAAAUAUGGAAAAUUAUGGUUGAAUGAGCCUGAUAUGACGUGGAGGCAGGAAGUACCUCUUCCAACAAGUCAAGAAUCGAAAAUAGCACUUCAAACUCGAUUAGGCCUAUCUCCAACUGAACUACGGCCUAAUACGAGGCUAGAAAAAUCACCUCCUACGCCUGUUUCACAUAACGAUGGAGAAACAAACGGAGAAAUUAGUGGCGAUGACCAAAGUAUUACCAGCGACCAUCCCCUCAAUCAAAACGAUGAAAAUUCUAUGGAUUCUGAUAGAGAUGGCGCGUUAAAUUUAGUGAGAUCGAGCAAUGAACAACCAACAAUAUCAACACCAAAUUCACAAGUAACUAGUUCGAGUCCGGGCGUUGGAGCAGCACUGGCGGCCUUAGGAAGUCUUGGUGGCAUUUUCGGAAAUCAUCUUCAAAUGUUAGGAAGUUUACCGGCUUUCCAAAGCCAGCAGAGCCUGCAGCAAUUGCAGCAGUUGGCGAUGCUGCAACAGGCUAGUGGUAAUCAGAUGAAUCCUCAAGCUCAAUUUCUAUUUCAGAAUCAGGUGCAACAAAUUGCGCAGGCCGCUCAACAACUCCAGCAGCUACAGAAAGUACAACAUAACACGAAUCAGCACAACACGAGCAUUCCACAAAAUGCUUCUUUACCUCACCAAACUCAAACGACUCCUCCGAAUAAUAAUCACAAUAUCCCCGCCAGUAUGCUUACACCAAGUACGCCGAGUUCGGGAGGCUUAACACCUCAACAUCUAAAAACACCUUCCAGGAUAUUGGAACCGUCGCCCGAAGAAACCACAGACUUGGAAGAACUCGAACAGUUUGCCAAAACUUUCAAGCAACGAAGGAUAAAAUUAGGGUUUACACAAGGAGACGUGGGAUUGGCGAUGGGAAAAUUGUACGGGAACGAUUUUUCCCAAACGACUAUAUCUCGAUUCGAAGCUUUGAAUCUUAGUUUCAAAAAUAUGUGUAAAUUGAAACCGUUACUUCAAAAAUGGUUAGAGGACGCUGAUAGUACUCUAGCUAAUCCAGGAGCGCUCAGUAACCCCUUAACCACCCCCGAAACAAUAGGCAGGAGACGAAAAAAGAGAACAUCCAUCGAAACCAGUGUCCGUAUCGCUCUCGAAAAAGCGUUUAUACAAAAUCCGAAACCUACCUCCGAAGAAAUCACCAUGCUAGCAGACGGUCUUUGUAUGGAAAAAGAGGUAGUGAGAGUUUGGUUUUGUAAUAGGCGGCAAAAGGAGAAGAGAAUCAACCCACCUACGGCGGCGAUGGGUUCACCGUGUUCAGUCGGAAACACCAACGGGAACAUGUUCCACAUCGCCAAUAGUUUAGCGACUAGUCCUUUAUCUUUGGUAACUUCAAGCGGCCAUAAUUAUAACCCUAAUGUAAUGGUAAAACAAGAAUGACCUUCACUGAAUUUUUUCGCAGACCAUUUUUUAGAUUAAUUCCAGGUCUGUUAUUGUGCAAUGAAUUCCGAUUUAAGAUUUAUCCCGAUAAUCAUCGCGCUAUCUGAAACGUAGCAUCAAACCAUUGAUACUUUUUCCAAGGACAAAAUGGCCAUUAAACGGAAUUGUUUAUCAUCUAAACGAACACCAUUGAAAAAUACGUGAAACUUUCCAGUCCCCAAACAUCUUUGUCUAUGAUCAUCUUUUAAAACGAUGGAUUAUAUCCAAGCCCUUUAUCAGUUUUUCUGUCCCUUAUUUCAUCUCAACUCACAAUUUUCUGUCUGAUUCUACAGAAUUUAUAACUGCUGAGUCUAAUUAUGGUUCUGUACAUUCAUUUUUGCUUCAACGUCUUCGUUUUUUUCUUUCGUUAUCAUUUUGUCUGUUCCUAUUCGAAAGCAUUUUAUCUAUUUCGUCUAUCAAAACUGUUGAUUUUAUUGUAUAUCUGGUUGCCCGAGAGUGGUCUUAGUAGUAGAGUAGGUCUUAAAUGGAUUCGCAAGUCUAUUGGAAAUCGAUUAACCUCAUAUUUUUGGUUACUUUGCAAGGAAUCAAUUAAACCUUUUUACAUCUAUUCCGUUUCCGUCUCUACAUCCCGUUAACUCAUCUUCUAUUCUUAUCUUCAACUCUUUUUGUAUCUCUUUCUUCUCAAGUUCUUUCAAAAUGAUCCAAAUCAGCGUUAUCUCAAUUACAGCUUCUCUGUAAGUUGACCUUUCUGGAACCGUUGGUGAUAUUCAUCCUGAACACACUGUUUAAAUUACACCAACACUCUUACAUUGUAUGACUUGCGUUUCGAUAACCAAGUUGUCGUCCUCAGAGACUCAGUUUACUUUCAGAGACGUUAACUUGGUUAUCGAAACGCUCGUCAGACAGUGUAAUCGUGAGUGUUGGUGUAGUGGUAGUUUAAACAGUAUUACUUUGGUUUGGUUGAUCUUUCUUCAUCCUACUUGAACACUUGUCUUCUAGGUCUUGGUAUUGCUUGAAUAUUCUGGCUGAUUCAGUUUUGAUGAUCUUGAUCUUGUUUAUUUAGUCUUGGUCUUGGCAUUUCUCAAACAACUAAAGCCUUAUAAUUCUUCUUAUAUAUUUAACAAAUAAUUUUACAUUGGAUAAUUCAAUUUUUAUCUGGAUUAUAUAAACGUUUUCGUAGUAAGAUUGUGGCAAAAUUAAACACAAAAGUGUACCAACUCUAAUAUAUUUCCGAGUUUUCUAAUACUUAUAUAUUCAUCGUCUGAGAAUUAAUUAGUUAAGAAUUGAGGCGUUUUAAAUUUAGUUGUUUCUCUUGAAAAAUCAUUUUUUUUUACUUUUGAUGAUUUUUGGUUUUCCUUUAUCGGUUUCCAUUUUAAUUUUCCCUAUUAAAUUUUGAUUUUCCCAGUUUUCCGAUACUUACAGAUCUCGAGAUCUUUCUAAUUGAGUUUUGAUCUUGUUUUUGAUUUAUUUUUGGCAUUGACCUUGCUCAAAUACUAUUAAUAACAUCCGUUUAAUGAGAAAGACAUAACCUCAAAAUAACUUUUAAUAUUCGUUUGUAAGGGUUGUUUUGAUAUUUAUGAAUGAUGAAUUUCCAAAAUUACAUAUUAUUUUUGUUUAUUUUUUGUCUCUUUUAUUCUUUAUCGUGUUCUAUCGAUUAUACUUUAAGGUAAAUAUUCUACAUAUGAAGGACCUCUAAUAACCUCAAAAGAUGCCAUAUAAUAUGAAAAAAACUUUGAAGAAUGUUAGUACUUCUUAUGUUAUGAUCGGUUUUUAUAGGUUUUCAUAAAAUUUUUAUCAUUAAUAAACAAGUCAUGUUCGGGGAGAAAAAUAAACAAAAAAAAUUUUUGGAUCGUCCUUUUUUUUCAAUUUUUUUUACACCAAGGUUAAAAUCGGGUUAAAUUUUUCAUUGGCUUCGGAAACCAAUUUUACUUCAAAUUUUCGCGAUGAUUAUUGUUUAUACUGACAGGUCUUUUUGAUGUUUUAUCCUAAGAAAAAAUUUGAAAUACAACGAUUUUGCAGAUAUUUCAUUAUAUUGAUAGUAAAAAGUUCACAUAAUAUCUUAUUUGAGCCAUUAAAAAAUUUUAAAAGAAUAGAAACCCAUUAAAACAUCUCACGAAACCUUAAAAUAAAAAAAAUAUUAGAUAAAAAUCAAAUUCCAAAAAUUUUUAAAAAUAUGAUGAAACUAGACACCAAUUUUGCCACCACGGUAUAAAGUGACUGUUUAUUUAAAGUCUUAUAAUAUAUCAGUACUUGAAUCGACAAUUAAUACUUGGAAUAAACCAUUUUAUUUAAACAUUCCAAUGUACCAACUCAAAUUAUUUAUUUUACCGCAGAAUAUUUCGACAAUCCCUCAUAUAAGAGGAUUAUUUUCGCUACGAAACCAGAAUUGCUACAAAUCUAAAGUAUCUUAAUGUCAUUUCACAUAUUUUUUUCAACUACUCAUUAAUUGAAAAUAAAAUAAAUCUAAUAUGAGCUCAAAAUUACCAAGCAGCUGAAAUUUGAAGUCUUUUACUGGAGGGAGGGGAUGUUGAGCCCCGAUUUCGGGAGAGUUCGAUGUAGAAAAAGAUUUUUCCCAGCUGAUGACGAUGCGAACCACCGAGAUAAGGUGCUUCAUAGAGCGAUAUUUAAAAAACCAACGAGAAAGAUUGACUGGGCAUUCAUAAACACAAACCUAAUAAAACAUAACCUCACCUAACCUUUUUUUAACCUAUGAGAUGUCUAAACGUAGCAUAACCUAACUAAAUCGAAUCUAACCGAACCAAAUCACAAUAAACUCAACAAUAUACUACUUUGAAGGCAUGGCUCUUCCCACCUAGGAGGUGAAGAUUUGGGGCUUGUAGACGUUUUCCAAGCUUUGGCAAGCGUGUAAACGUAGCAUUAGAUCACUUUUUUACCCAAAGUAGCUGUGCAUUUAAUUGUAAUGUUUAAGAAUUAAGGGCAAUCGAUAACGCCAUCUAUUAAAAAGUAGCGAAACUUGUAGUGUUGAAUGGAAAAUAUUCUAGUUUUUAACAUACAAAUCGCAAUUUUUAAAAAUAACUUGUUAAUCGAAUUUGACUAUUUGGCGUCAAGAACGUCAACUUUUAUUUUGGGAGAUUUAUUCAACAAAAAUUUAAUGAAAUAUCAAAUUGUUGUAGUUUAAAUAAUGUUAUUUAAUGUUAUUAUUGACUGUCUGUUAUUAUUUAUGCCAAAUAUACUUAUGUAGUCUAGUAGACUUUUUGUUUAACAAGUAUAUAAUUUUAAUUUUUAUUGUAUAAUAUGUACCUAUAUUGUUUUAGCGUAUUCUUGUAAAUAUAAAGGUGAAAUUUUGUCUCCAAAAAUUAUAAAUAAGUCUAUUUAAGGGUAUCUAACACGAGCCAUGUUUAUUUAGGAUUCGCAAACUGACGUUGAUACGUAAAAUUCAUAAGUUUCAAACUUAGAAAAAAAUACUUGAUUGGGAACCACUGAUAUUUAUUUCAAAAUUUUUAUUUUCAUUGUGAAUAUCCACUCAAUAAAUUGAUCUGUAGUAAUAUCAGUACCAUUUCAUUUUCAUAUGUGUUAUUAUUUUGUAUUAUUGUUGUUAUGAUUAAAUUACUCUCAAAUGUCAUAUUUCAUUGUCUGCGUUCCAACAAAGAGAACCAACUGACCCAAGAGUACUCUAUCAAUGUUAACACAUCAAUAUUUCUAGGUUAUGUUCGUAAUAUCACCGCACAUCCUCAUUAUUUUGUUUUUUAAAUAACUUUAGAUACAAAAUUUCGAAAAAAAAAAGUUUACUUUUAAUACGUAACUUCUCCUAAAUUGUGCACGUCAAUUUUGUUAUUCUACAAAGUUUAAAUAAGUGAAAAUCAUUUUAGGUUAGUUCUGAUUAUACGUCUCCAUUUUAAAACUUCUACAAGAUCGAAUAUAUUUUAGACUUUUCGAACGAAUACUGAUCAUAUAUGUAAUAUGGACAGUUGGUAUGGGAAAAAACGUCCCUAGCUACGGUGCUGACAAUAUUUAUUUUUGUUUGAGACACUUUAUUUAUAGUGCGCAUGCUUGAGUUAUCAUUCUGUCUUCCUUAGUCGGAACAGCUCUUACUUAUAGAAAUUACGUAUAUGAAUCGUUUCUCCAAUACAUUUUCCGAUGUUUUUAUUUCUUUACUUUGAUGCAGAUCAAUGGAAAUAUGGAUAUUUUUAUCGAAAAUUAUUAUACACGUGUUCCUAAAAAGUAUUCGCGAAUCAAAAGUACGUUUCGAGGAUGGUCGUCUAAUUGGGUUUUUGAAAAUUAGCAAAUGGCCGCCGUUCGUUAAGCAGGGUCUCAUAUUAUUAUCUAUUUGAUCGGCCGCCAUUUGCCGAUCGAUUAAAUGUGUGUAGAUAAAUAUCCAUGUUAUGAUAAUAAUUAAUAAGUAUCAAUUAGAUUUUAGUUGAACGUUUUAGUAUCUAGUGUAUAUGAAUUUUAUUAUUCGGUUUAACAAUAUAUAUGUCAGUGUAUAUAUCAAAUUAGUGGUUCUUUUUGAGGACCAAUUUUAGAAAUGUUCAAAGUUCCUAUGAUGAAACAUGAUUGUUGACUUUAUUAUUGAAAGUGUUUGGAAUGUCGUAUAAGGCACGAGGUAAUUAUAUCAUAUCUCCAAUGACUUGUAUUGCUUAUUAAUCAAGACCAUCCUGUUUGUAAAAAAGAAGAAAUGAAUUGUUACCUAGUGCCACAGUGACGGAUCCAAAGAUUUUUCGUUGUAAUUUUAAAAGAAAGGUUAGACUGGCAAUGACACUUUUAUUUAUUUAAAGGCCUAAAUAUUGAAAAAAAAUUAAAUCUUGAGAAUAGGGUCUCUUUUUCUUUCUUAUUACACACACAUAUAUUUACCAUAUAUAUUAUUGAUAACAAAUAAAAAUUUCAAACAAUGUCUAUUUAGAUUAUUAAACACUAAAUAACACUGUUUGAAUUUAAUCUAAUUUAAACACAUUUACCUACCCUGUAUGUAGUUAAGUGCGUUUAUACUACUAGUCCACGACCCAAGGAUUUUAACCUGACACUAAAACUAAUAGAAAAAUGAUUUUUGGUGUAUGAAAAAACUCCCAAUAAAUAUCUGAACAGUAAUAUUUUGUCAACGUGGAAAGAGUUGAAAAUUCCACUACAAUUUAUAUAAACAAACCUCUAGAACGUGAAAAGCUGCACAAAAAAGUCUCUACAUAUUUUUUUCGAAAAAUGCAUUAAUUCCCACAUUGUCUUUGAUCAAAUUGAAUCACAUUUUUCUAAACACUUUGUUUUUUAGCUUGUUCAUUUUUUCGUGGAGAGGGUUGAAAAUUUCAUUAGAACGUAUAUGAACAAAAUUGUAGAACCAAAAAAGUCUCCACAUAUUUUUUCGAAAAAUGCGUCGUUUCCGAGAUAAUGAGCUAUAAUUUCUAAUAUCAUAUCUACACGUCAACAACUUGGAAUAGUAUGAGACUUGCCAUGGUCGACUAAAAUCUUUAUAACUCCUUUCUUUUUGGGUGAAAAGUCAAAAAAUAAACCGGAUUUUGAAGGGAAAUCCUUCAGCAAUUAAUAUAUAUAUGCUUCCUUUACUGGAUUAUUUCGACAAGCAGAGUUUGUUCCAAGAUUCAGAAGUAAAAAUUGAACAAAUGGUAUACAGUAUUCAUUCCCAUCUGCCAAAUUCAAUCAAAUUUUUCUAAACACGUUGUUUUUUAGUUUGCUCAUUUUCUCUGGCUGAUUUCUUUGCUAUUGAUGUGAAAAUAUAAAACUGCAGAGUCCUGUAAAAAAUCACUAGUCAUUCUAGUCGCAAGACCCUGCUCUUUCGAUAACAAAUUUUUCAUUCAUCUUUAUUCACACUUUCCUGAAACUCUAAAAAGGUUAAUAAGUCUAUCUUAUUGACUCAUUAUUGACUAUUAUAUAAUAAAACCCUUUUUUCCUAACCAGUCUCGUUAUUUAAUAGUCAGACCUCGUAUAGAUAAUAAAAGAUUAUGCAAUUUUUUUGGAUAACGUAAAGUCAUAAAUUAAUAAUUCCAACUAUUAAAGGUAUUUUCAGAAUCAGGGAGCGAAUUAAGAUCAAUAGUAUUAUCAACGAAUUGAUUUUAUUUUGAUUUCAGUGUACUCAAAUCAUGAAUCCAAACAGUCCCAAUUAACUCGAGCAUGCGCGUCACAACAGGUGUUUUUCGAUACGUUUCUAGUGAGAAUUUCCACGUUCUAAAUACUUGGUUUCUAUUGUAUAUUUCAAAUCCCUUCAACGUUAUUGAGGAUAUCUCAAUUUUUAGAGUUUUCCGGUGGUUGCCAAAAAUGUUUUAAUGUUAGGUUUUAGUAUAAUAUUGCCUGGACUAUAAGGUUUGUUCAUGUUAAAUAUGUUCCGAGUUUUGUGAUCAAAUAUAAAAAACUGAAUGCACAUGUUUGAAAUAAAUGAAUCUAAAGGCCGGUUCAGACGCAGCCAGGGAUUUAGUGGAAUUUACUCAAUCAAGUGGAGUCAAAACAAUCGUUUACACGUGGUAGUGUUUAGUUGAAAUCGAUUAACAGGAAGUCGAGUAUCAGUAGUGGGCUUUCAAUAAUUUUUAGAUAUUAUUAAAAUUAACGAAAGCGGCAAGUUACGAACCAAAAUCUUCUUCGAUCAAUAUUAAAACUUCUUACUAAUGAAACUAGCAGUAUAUGUUUGGAAGAAAUAGAAAAGCCCAAAGAAGAAAUGAGCUCGGAGUCUCUAGUUGCCUAUUAAAAGAACUUUAGAAGAUCCAAGGGAAUAAUUUCACAAGGUUACUAGAAUAGUAGAAGGUUUGUGACAAUAACAAGAUGCGCAGUAGACAAGUGACGUCACCGGUUCUUCAUAGCUGUGAGAACGGCAACAACGCUAGCAUCUGUCAAAAUUGUAAAAGUAACAAUAGUAUUAUUGAUUGCAUUAAUUGAUUAAAAAUGGUUUUCCUUCAAUAAAAUGCCUAUAAAUUCGUUAGUUAGAAAUAUAUUCGUUUGUAUAGCCGGAUCAGGAAGAGAUAAAAUACAUCCUCUUAACUCGAACUUAAUGUUAGUGAGGUUCUGUUAGACAUAAAAAUAUAAGCAAAACAAAAAUGUAAACAUAAUUACGUAGCUGGUGCUCUAGCAGCUGAUCGUUUGUUUACAAAAACAUGCGCAAGUCACAAACCUUUUAUUAUUCUAGUAACCUUGUAAUUUCAUGCGAAGCUCUAUUGCCAUCAAUUCUUGAACUAUUAAAAAUGCUGCUUGUCGUUUUUGUCUAUGUUUGUUCAGUCCACAGGCACUCAUAUUUAACAUAUUCUUGUACUACUGGCUGCGUCUAAAUCGAUCUUAAAGUUAUGUAUUGGUGACUUAUAAGUUUAAUGUGAAAUAAAAAAUGUUUGAAGGCAGAUUCCAUGCUAAUGCACAUAUCGUACUCAUUAGUUGUACAGUCCUUACCUAGAAUCGAUUUUGCCUUGAAACAUUUUUUUUAAAUCUACGUCAUAUCAAUGUAAGUUUAGUGUAAACGAGAUAUAAUCCGCCAUUUUUAAUAUUUGUAUUUCCAUUUCAUAGAAAAUAUUAGUCUUGUAGGUAUAUGUGUGUAGUGCGUGUAGAAAUUAACAUCGUCGAGGAAAAAGCCGUUUGAAAUACAAAUUUUUGUAUAAGUCAUGUGUGUAAUUAUUUUUUAAUUAUAAAAUUAUAAAAUUUAGAAAAUGAGUACCUAACAUUUCCAAACAAUUAUGUAAGACCCUAUUCAGACGUGUAUUAUACUACAACUGUGGUCUAGGCAAUAACAUGUACAUUAUUUUCAUUAAAGAAAUGAAUUCAUAA